AUGGUGCGAGAAGGGAUAGUAUUGGGUCACAAAACUUCCUACAAGGGAAUUGAAGUUGACCAAGCAAAAGUGGAAGUGAUAUCUAAACUUCCACCUCCUGUUAAUGAGAAGGGUAUCAAGAGUUUCUUAGGCAACGCAGGUUUUUACCGCAGGUUCAUAAGAGAUUUCUCAAAAAUCGCAAAAUCACUGACCACUCUAUUGGUUAAGGAUAAGGCAUUUGUGUUCGACAAAGAAUGCACCAUGGCCUUUGAGACAUUGAAGAGAAAAUUGAUUUUAGAACCCAUUGUUAUUGCCCCCGAUUGGUCUCUUCCGUUUGAGAUCAUGUGUGAUGCUAGUGAUAUUGCUGUAGGGGUAGUCCUAGGACAAAGAAGAGAGAAGUUAUUACAUGUCAUUUACUAUGCUAGUCAUGUGUUGAACCUUGCACAAAUGAACUAUGCAACCACUAAGAAAGAGUUAUUGGUCGUGGUUUAUGCAUUUGACAAAUUCAGGUUUUACUUGUGGGAUGACCCAUUCCUAUACAAGAGAGGAUUGGAUGGGCUGAUCAGAAGAUGCAUCUCGGAGGAGGAACAAAGGGAUGUAGUUAGAGCUUGUCAUGACUCGAAUUAUGGAGGACACAUCAGUGGUGACCGAACAACGGCCAAAGUUCUUCAGUCAGGUAGAAUAUACUUCAUUGGGACAUUUCCACCGUCCUUUGGAAAAAAUUACAUCUUGGUAGCAGUAGACUACGUAUCAAAGUGGGUGGAAGCAGUGGCAUUGCCCACCAAUGACUCUAAAGUGGUUGUGACAUUUCUGAAGAACAAUAUCUUUUCGAGAUUUGGGGUGCUGAGAGCACUUAUUAGCGAUGAAGGUACUCACUUUUUGAACAAAUUGAUGGAGAAUCUGCUGAAGAAAUAUAAUGUUAAACACAAGAUCGCCACUCCGUAUCACCCUCAAACGAGUAGUCAGGUCGAAGUUUCCAACAGGAAGAUAAAGCAAAUCUUGGAAAAGACGGUAUGCACAUCUAGGAAAGAUUGGGCAGUGAAGUUAGAAGAUGCACUAUGGGCAUACGGGACGUCUUUCAAAAUGCCCAUAGUGGAUGAGUCCCGAAUCCUUCGGCUUCAAGAGUUAGAAGAGUUUCGGAGUCAAGCUUAUGAGAAUGCCAAACUCUACAAAGAAAAGACAAAGAAAUGGCACGAUCAGAAGUUGCUGAGAAAGGAGUUUAUCGAGGGACAACUGGUGCUCUUGUUCAACUCCAGAUUAAAGCUCUUUCUAGGAAAGUUGAAAUCUAGGUGGUCGGGUCCGUUUUUUGUUCACAAAGUGUUUUCCCAUGGAUCAAUAGAACUUAAAAAUCCAAGUAAUGGGGAUACAUUUAAGGUGAACGGACAAAGGGUGAAGCACUACUACAAGGGGCAGGAAAGUGGUCUGAUCGAUAAUGUUCUUCUCCAAGGAUGA